AUGGACUCCUAUUACACAGACAAAACUGCUACUUUUGAGCAGUCUCGGCAUGAUAGCUUGCUCGCCAUGUCCCGCUCGAUGCGGAGUUUGAAUCAGCACGAGCCUAGCCCGGCAGCGGAGAUGGAUAGCAAGAUGCGCAAUCCCCAGCGUCGUCGAGUGCCAGUGGCUUGUGGCCGAUGCCGACGACGAAAGAUCAAAUGCAGUGGAGACUCUGGCGAUGGUCAGGGCUGUUCUAACUGUCGCAAUGCUGGCAAUACAGACUGCCAGUUUUUGCGAGUCGCCUCCGCCAGCUUGAAGCUGACACCCCAAGCCAACGGCUGGCCCUAUCCUAAUCCUGGAGCGGCGGUGAUGCCUUCUCCCCGACUGGGCAUGUAUACUUCCACCACGGCAGGCAAGCCGACCUUGCUCUCCAUGAGCUCUCCCCAGGCCCGGAUGGCUGCUUUCCAACGAGCAUCCGAUUAUGACCUUGGCACCACAGACGGAUCGGUCUUCCCCGAGCGUGCAGCGGGGACGGUAGAGUCAAUGCCAUACGAGGCCGGUCAGUCCACAAGCUACAGCCAGUCACCGGCAUACAUGCACCCCAACGCCCCAGCUGGAACCCUCUUUGAUUAUGGAGGAUCUCCCUGGAGUCCUAAGAUCUGGGACUCCGUGCUGGGCGUGAGUAAACCCAGCAACGGGACCAUCUACCCUGAUCCCGAGGCAAACAACUCCAUAGCCCAAUCCCCUUUCUCCUACAUGCUUCCCAGCCAAGCUCUCUCAUCCACAGAAGGCCAACAGUCGACAACAGUCGCAAUGGCGAAUAUCUCAUCCGCCGAUCUGCCAGGCCCGGACCGAACACUUCCAACGCCAACCUGCCGCAGCCAACAGCUUCCCAGUGCAUUAUCAGGACUAGUCUUCUCGCCGACAGAAACAACAUCCAGCUUGUCCCUUCCAAUCGAAGCUAGACCAGCAUUCUGGAGCCCACGCUGUGGACCGCCUCAUGACUCCCGCAGCCCAGUCCACUCCAUCCCCAGCACUAUCCUCUUCAGCAACAGCCCUCCACCAACAACAAGAUGUCCAACAACUGCAAACCCAGAGAUAAUCUUCUCAGGCUUGCCUAUGCCCAUCACAACCGAAGAAAUCAUGUCAUCAACUCUCUCCCCAAGGACGGCGCCACCCUCAACUACUUCCACGACUGCCUCGUACGCCAUCGACGCCCACGACAACACAACAGAAACCCGUACACUCUCAUCAAACACCCCUACAACCCAAGUCCCCGUAUCAACUUCUACAGGCCGCUCUCUAACCCGCGGUAUCUACGGCCACGACCGAACAACCACCGCCCAGCGCCUCGUCGAGCUAACGACCGACUGCACACAGGAUAUCUACAGCUAUGCUAGCAGUGAGAAGAGCAAGCGCACCGGCGACGGUCGCAAUGCUGGUGCGAAUGCCCAACCCGGCGCUUUCUUUUGGGAUGCUUCAUGA